CUUUCACCUUUUUAUAAACAGAUGACCAUUCCAACCCUUCAUUCAUGAAAAAAUAACCACCCCAUCUUUUUUUCUUUUCAGCUCCUCUUCUUUGUCCCCUAAUUCAAAAUUGCAUAGAAACAAAACCUUCCAUUAUUUCUACCUACCUGAGAUUACAACACCUCCAGUGAGCUAACUAAUUAACUCAUGGCUUCAAACUCCCACAACAAUAACAAGGAAAUUUUUUCCUCUUGGACACGCAUGCAGAACAAGCAAUUCGAAAGCGCACUUGCCUUGUAUGAUCAAGACACCCCAGAUCGAUGGCAAAACAUAGCAAAAGUGGUUGGUGAUAAAUCGGCUGAGGAAGUGAAGAGACACUAUGAAAUCCUUUUGGAGGACCUUAGGCAUAUAGAGUCUGGACGUGUUCCAAUUCCCAGCUAUAAGUCCACAGAUAAUAAUCAAGAGAGGCCUCUCAAGUGUCUUAAUCAGCAUUGAAUUGACAAAGUCAGCUGAAGUCUCUUUGCCCAUUUAGGUUCGGAACAACACAUGAAUGCAAGACUAAAAAAAUUUACUUUCCUUGUUUUUAUGUCUACCUAACAUUCACCCAUUUACUUCUCUUUUCAGUUCAGAUCGAUGCUAAGUGAACAAUAUGACCUGUUUGGUAGUGUUUUGUUUUCUAUUUUCAAAAUCCAUUUUAUUAAAAUCAUUUCCAAAACAAGUUGUUGAAAAAAAAUGUUUGAUAGAUUGGGAAUUUCCCCUCUCUUUUUGAGCUCAUAUUCUCUUUUUAAAUAUCCUUGAACUUAAUUUUAAUUUACUAAUAUGAGGGUUUUUUUUUUCGAAUAAGAGAGUUGGGUUAACACAUCCGAGUUGGCGUGGGAUAGAAAGGGAAUGAGUAAUUUCGAAUUUAUCUAUUUGUAGGACAAGAGCCCGUGAUUUUAUUGGCUGGAAUUUCAACUGUGGGUAACGAAGGGGAAUAAAUAUAAUUAUUUCCCCUUUCACAUGUAGUAAUUCUGUGUAAAACUAGAAAUGAUUCCAUUUUCUAUUUGCUUCUUCUACUUUAUAUAGGACAACACUUCUGACCCAAGGUUAAAGCCAUUUUCUUCGUGGUUUUCUACUCCGUUGUGGUUUAACUUUUAUUCUGUUGUUCCCGAGUGGCUUAUAUACAUCUACUUUCUUCUUUACUUUUCUUUUUCACGAGUUGAGUGACCUAUCCUAAAUAUAAGGAGAGACAUAAUGAAGCCUACAUGAUGAGAGGACAAGAAUAUAUUAAAAUUUCCAUUUAUUAGCUAUUUUAGAAUAUCAUACAAGUAGAGUUGCAAAUAGGGCUUGCCGACUGAUUAGAAAAUAAUUAAAUUAAGAUCUAACCUUUUUUUAAAGCAAAAUUAAGAUCUAACCUAUAUACAUCGUAGUAUUUUGUUUGAACAUUUACUUGUUUGUAGUAAAGGACAAAUUAAUGUGUAGUUAUGAAUACUAGUUUCGUUCCCCAGUUACAUAUAGUUAUGUCUUAAGGGAAGAAAUGAGGACAUA